AUGACUCUCUCCUACGUUCACACUCCGAAGUUCGUUUCCACUAGUUUACACAUCAUGACAUGUCUCGAAGUACCCGUUCACAUAUUCGGUAUUUAUAUCAUUUUAUGGAAAACUCCUGAAUCUAUGAAAUCAGUGAAAUGGAGUAUGUUUAACCUUCACAUCUGGAGUAUGUCACUUGACUUGACCGUCAGCUUAUUCACAUCACCGUUUGUAUUAUUUCCGGCAAUCGCUGGGUUUCCUCUUGGACUUCUGAAGGAGUUCGGUGUUCCUGCAGCGGCGCAAGCAUUUCUGGUUGUAUCCAUUUUCGCAGGGGUCGGAGUCUCUAUUUUGGCCAUUUUCGAAAACCGUUUUUAUGUAUUAUUUGCUGGAAACACUGUCUGGAGGUUCAUACGAAUCCCAGUGCUUUUUGUAAAUUAUGCGUUGUGUUUUCUAUUUUUCAUCCCUCCAUAUUUGACCAUUCCUGAACAAAGAGUUGCAUUAGAGGAGGUGUACAGGAAGCUUCCAUCUGACUUACCACCUUCAAUAACCAAUGGACCUGUGUUCGUCCUUGCUACUGAUGCAACUUAUGCCUUGAUAUCAAUAUUUCUUAUCACAUGCUUCAUCAUUGGAGAAAUUGCAAUGUGUAUUUUCUUUAUCUGGCUCAACACAAAAUGUCUUGCCAAAAGAAUUCAUCUAUCGAGAACUACUUUAAAAAUGCAACGGAAGUUUUUGAAUGCCCUCCAUGUUCAGAUGUACACCCCAUUAAUUAUUUUGAUAGUACCUUUAGUCUACAUCGCUUAUUCCGUAUACUUCAACGUUUAUGAUCAGGCAUCUAACAACUUAUGUCUUAUCAUGAUCUCAUUUCACGGAUUGGCAUCUACUACUGUCAUGGUGCUCAUUCAUAAAUCUUAUCGAGAAGCUUGCAUCGACAUAUUUUGUAUCAAAACUCAAUAUAAAACAAAUCCAAUACCAGAGUCAAGGCGGAAUAGUUUUGUCACAUAUGUGCCAAGAUCAAAAAUUCGAGAUGAUGUAAUAGUGGUAUCACAUCAAAUUACCUACUAA